UUUCCUGAAACAAAUCAGACGCCUUCCUCUAAAUACGGUCUCGGAAAUAAGUCUCGUUCAUACGUUCUGAAAGUAUUAAACCGAUAACGGGACAAGAUCGAGAUGAAUGAGAUCGAAGGAGAUCAGAAGGCGGAGGACGAAGUUCUCGGGCGUAAUUAUACAAUUAAUAACGGAGCAAGAGUGCUCGGUUCGAGAGGAUUAGAAAGUAUCUGUCUCUCCUCUCCUGGCAAAACGGCCGAUCACUGAUAACGGGAUAAAUUUGCUAAAUAGAAGAGAUCGCUCCGCUGAAACUCGGAUCGACGCCAUUGAACUAGUUCAAAGCUGAUCCUCUGAUUUCUUUCCCUGUUCACCGGUCGACAUUCUUCGCUAGGACGGUGAAGGCGUACUUGCGCAGCAUUCACGGUCCAAGAGUAAGGAGCAUAGUUUCCGGUCGUAGGUUGCGGCACCUGCAUUCGCCCGGCCUUCUUCCAUCCUUCUCGCAUUGCCUUGCCGGUGCAUGCAAGAAUCUGGCGUAUCUCCCCUUUUUUACCCACUCCCGGGUAACGUUAACGAUUCCACCGUGUGCACGUGCAUGCACACAAACGAAACUAUCUCCCCUACCGCUGCCCCUUGGCCGUUCCGUCUCUUUCUCGUUCCCCUCUGCUGCUACCACCGUGCCGCAACCUGAACCCCUCGAGAGGUGUUCGCCUCCUCCGACCAUGCUCAAUACUUCCAACGCUGCGGUCCACCUCUUCGUCUUUCUAUCUCGAUGUUCUACUCUCGUCGACCCCACCUCGCUCUCGAACGACUCCCCGCCGAAUCGUAACCGAGUCUCGUGCCCCUCUCGCCGACCAAGAAUUCAUUCAUGCCGGGUACAGUGGUUCUCCGAACCGAAGGACGGACCACGGAGAAACCUCCAGCUUCCGUCGACGAUCGAACGAUGCGCUCGAUGGAAAAUAAAAAAUAGACAUCCGGCUUAACGUCUACGUGUUCUUCGUCGUAAAGAAUCGUCGCGUCGGCUCGAUCGCUGGUUUCACCGAAUCUACGCGAUUUCGCUCGGUACUUGUAAGAUCGCAUCGAAUCCGAUCGGAUUUCGUUCCUAUUCGUUUUCAUACACGGAGAAGAGUAAGAGUAACGCGGCGUGGAUCGACAGAGAGGCACGAGGGAAAAGAGUAAACAGCAGCGGAGGAAGAGAGAGAAAGUAGGAGUGAAUGGAUCGCGGCCUCAAUCAAUGAAACAGCGAUCCUCAAACUGACGAUCGGCCUUCGAUCAUCGUCUACGACUCGUUGCGCCUGCUGUCGCGUCGUCGCAUUCAGAAUAAUAUAAUAUCAAAAGAUUCGAUUUGUUUCGGUCUCGGGCGGGACGCGUGACGCCGAGAGGUCGAGAAAGGGUGCUCGGAACGAUAAAACGCUAAAUACCAGAAAAUGGAAUAAGUAUAGGACGCACCGAAAUCUGUGAGGAGGUGCGCGCGUGACAAUUGCUUGACGCCGUAAAUGUUUUAAUCGGGAAGACCGAGGAGACGGACGGCUCGCGUAGGAGAGCGUUCGGGUGGAAAUUGGUCGCGAGCCAACGGGUCAAAGUAGGUAGAAACCUCUCGCCGUUGGACACCCACGCGAGUUCGAGAAUUCGAAAAACAAUAUCUUUCGAAUGGUCGCGUGCGUCGAUCUCGAGUGCUGCGUGAACCGUGUGACCCGCCCACGCGGUUUACGUGUGUACAAGUAUUAUACUUGCUACGUAGGCUGCACCGAUUAUGCGUUUCACGUCGCCUGUCCCCACGAAUAUUUCCACACACGCCGCAAGACCAUUUUCUCUUUAUCCCUGCGUUACUCGUUAGCUUUCGAACGUCGAAACGCCAACAGUUUAAUAACGCGGUUUCGCGUACGUCCGAGCGGAUCGAAUCGUAGAUGCAUAUAAUGCGACGCGAUCGAGCGUCGGCUGACAAAAUGUUAUGAAUAAAACUGAUCGACCGCGAGCUGUAACGAAAAAGGAAUGCAAGGACGCGAUACGUGAAAAAGGGAAGUGCACCUGACGAGCCUCUCCUUUCGUUCGCGACGCGGUAUUCACGUUUGGAAAAAGAGGCAGGCAAGAAUCGAGGUACACGCGUACAUUUCAUAAAUCGGCAAACCGUCGUUCGACACGAUGAAAAAGUAUCGUUUAUAUGACAAAGGUCCUGCGUUACUUUUCGGCCGACGUGAUAAACGGUCGUAGGAGAGAGAGAGAGAGAGAGAGAUAGAGAGGAUGGAGGAAGCGAGGAAUGGUCCAAGUGUAACGAGUAUGUCUCGAGUCGAAUGGUCGCAUCUCGUUGGAGAAAGGUGUAUACGAGUAAAGAGGAGAGAGAGCCAGUGAAGUGGAAUGAUGUGGAGUGGAGUGGAAUGAAGUGGAGUGGAGUGGAAGUCGAGUUCUGAGAGUGUGAGGAAGAAGGAUCUCGGAGUGGGGUGAAAGUUGACGUGGAGUAGAGCCGCAGCGGUGUGGAGAAAGAAGAGCAGAAGGAAGGGAGACCCGCUCAUUCAUGCUUUGCCUUUAGCUGUUAGAAGUUCAGUCGAACGAAUGGUACAGGUUCGCGCGGUCCCUCGCUGCCGAUGUUCGAAUCGCGUUGCAAAACCGUAGUAAGACCGUAGGACACAUGAUAGAAGGCGGAGCGCGCAAGGACACGAGAAAAGAGUGCGAGCCACACAGCCGUCGGAGAGCGUACGACGUAUGCCACGCUGAUAUUGCUGCUGCUGCUGCUGCUGCUGCUGUUCACUGCCGGUGAACGUGUCUUUCUCGUUCGCUACGAGAGACAGCCGUGAAACGACGAGCCGUUUCGUUUAACGAAACGAGCCGCGAACAGAUUGAAAAGUGUAUCGGUAUCUUUACCAAGUGACAUCGAACGAGCAACAGAACAGGGGUACUAUUCCGUGGAUUGAUAGAGGAACGCUCCGAACAACGAUCGCAUAAGCGUAAAUUAUGCAGCGAACGUAACUGAUGAACCGUGAGGAAAUCGUUGCCCGCGGCGAAUAAUCCUUACGUGACGCGCGUGUACCAUUUCUCGUUUCCGAAUGUGUCGCAUCGUUGCUCGAACGUCGAAACUCCGAUUCAACGUCCGACAAUCGAUCUGGGUAUUCAUCCGAUGAUCGGUGAUCGUCGCGAUCACCGAUCGUGAACAAUAACGGAGGAACAGGCGAUCUUAUUAUUUAUAACGGACGAGGAAGGAACAGGAGAAGAACAGCGAAAGGGGCGGAGUACACGAAAAGGACACGAAGGAUCGCGUGCGCGCGCGAAAGGAUGGCCGAUUUGAUCUGUUUCUUAUUAGCGAUGUUCGGGCAGUUGCUCGUCCGCGAGAGCAAGGGUAGCCUCCUCGGCGUGGAGCUAGACGAGACCGGUCAAAAGUUUCUCAACGAGUAUCUGUCCCUCGACGACGGCAAGUACCUGUCGGAGUUGCAGGAGUUCGAGGACACGGCGAUCGAGCUCGACUUGAUCGACCAGAAGAGGAAACAUCGCCCGACGCACCAGCAGCCGAAAGUCCUCUAUCAGAUCGGGGACAGCGAGGACGAGCUGCCCGAAUGUUCGGACCGGAGCGAGGUUUGCAGCAAGGUGGAUUUGUACGGAUCGCCUUGGGUCGAGAGACAGUGUCGCUGUCCGGAUGGCCGUACCUGUCCCAGCAGUUUACACGGGGACGACGGACACACGAUAGUCGACAAAACGCGCCAGUACAAGCUUUGCGAGCCAGUGAAACGUCUUCCGAUCUGUCGUUAUUUCAAAGACGUCACGUGGACCCUGGCUCCUGGAGGAGGCCCGGCGAACGCGACGGUCCAACGGGUUUACUGCCGAUGCCGACCGGGUAGCGUACCUUAUCUAGUUCGGAGGCAAGCUUACAGGUCGUCCGAAGGAAGUCCUGGCUUUAUUUAUGCGUUCGCGUGUUCUCCGCAGAGCAGGCUACGCUGUCAGCACAAGGAGCCCUGCCGACUGUUCACCGUGCGAAAACGGCGGAGUUCCCAACUGGAAGAGGUAAACGCUUCGCCUCUCUGCCAGUGCCCGAAGGGCCACCGGUGCCCCAGAAGGCACACCGAUCCGGGUUCCCUGCCGGCGAGAUCCUAUUCCGGCGUGCUGGAGAUCAAAACUUACAGCGGAUAUUGCGUACCCUCCCAGUCGCAUCAUUCCGAGACCGUCUACACCGUUUGAACGCGCGAGAACGGCUGAGCGACGCACGACGCUGUGUACAGUCAGUCUCGGGGAUACUCGAAACUGUUCGGAAAUAUUUUCAGGCGAACCUUUAGAAUUAGAGAGGAAAGCAUUUGGACGCGAAUCUUGCCGUUCGGAUAGGAAAUAUGUGUCGUUUAUACGAGAACGUAUGACGAUCAUGAGUUGAAGCGCGCCGAUCGCGACGUUUUCGUUCACGGACGUGUCCCUGAUAACGAUAUUAUCCGACAAUUGUACUUUACGUUAUAUUACUGCGUACCCAUGUAUAUCGCUCUUGUACAUAAUUCAUUCUCAAACACAGUGAGAUAAAUAAAUUUUAUUAUCAUUA